AUGGCUACCUUAGGCCGAGGAGAUAUGCCAGCGGAAGACGAAGAAAAGGACUCUGAGAUACUCGACUCCUACCUACAAGAGAGAUCGCCAGCCUUUAAUGCCCUUCGAGCCGUCCAGAAAGCGGUCUGGCAGUCUCCCGCAGCAGACGAACAUUUUUUGAAGCAAAGAGAAAGGGCCGAUUCAGCUACUCCGACUCUUAAGAAGUAUUUCUUCAGGACGAUGCGAGCCAUCGGCGAUCAACUCCAAGCAGCUAAACAUAUCAUCCCGCCACCGGGAGAAACGAAAGGCUUCAAGGUCCUCGAUAUCUGUAUGGCGCCUGGAGGGUAUUCGGCUACGGCCCUCAGAUACAAUAAACACUCUAGCAUAUACGGCCUUAGCCUGCCGGAGGAGGAGGGCGGACACGAGAUGCUUCUGCAGAAUUGGCAGAAAGACCCUCGUUUCGACGUGAGGCUGAUGGAUAUAACUAUGCUCUCUACGGAGUUUGGCUCUCCCGAUCUUCUUCCUGCCGAUAACCCUCUGGCCUCACAGUUUUCUAGCUGUAGACCGUUCGACGGGCUGGAAGCUGACCUGGUCUUCUGUGACGGCCAGGUUCUCCGCACCCAUGAACGGGCGGUUGGCUCCAAGUUUGAGGCAUCUCGAUUGACAAGCGCCCAGCUUAUUCUUGCUCUGCAGAGGAUCAAGAAGGGUGGAACCAUGGUAAUGCUCUUGCAUCGGGUGAAUAACCCGCGCAAUGUGAAACUCCUUCACGCCUUUAGCCAAUUCGCUGAAAUUGAUCUAUUCAAGCCCACUCCAAGCCAUGCUGCCAGAAAUUCGUUCUACCUCGUGGCGAAAAAUGUGGACCCGACGAGCUUGGGGGCCCGUCAGAUGCUCGAAAACUCAAAGAGUUGCUGGAAAACGAAGACCCUGCAAGCUUUUAACGACGAGCCAUAUGAAGCUGAACAGAAUACGUCUGGAGACGAGAUGAGGAGCAUCUUGCAAUCGUCGUUCGGACAAAGACUUAUCAGCCUCGCUGAGCCUAUCUGGGACAUUCAAAGGGAAGCAUUAGAGAAGAAGUUUUUGAGAGGAUCACCGAAACUUGCAACUACCUCCUAA